AUGACGAAAACUUUGGCGCCCAAGGAAGAACUGUUCGACGAAAGAAAGUACAGACCGAACGAAGAUCUAAAAGGAAUUGUAAAGGACCUGUGGAUUCUUCGACUUGACAAAAUAUAUAAAGGAAGAGAUGAUAUAUAUGUUGAAGAAGAUGACGACAACACUACUCAGCUCUUCAGCUCUCAGACUGGGGCAUCAAACGAGAUUGAUAAAGAGGAACAUCGAUAUCACAAGCGAAAGCUCAGUACUUCACCACGAGUAAUAGACUCGCUGGCCCUCUGUUACCUGGGUAUACUGCUACUCCGGCUCCCGGUGAGCGUUGGAUAUGUGCAAAAGUGGAUUACUGAAGAUGAAGUCCCGUUUCUAAGGCCUCUUCGGUUCAUACCGCCAGCGAUGAAGGACCGUCUCCCGGCGAUUUACCAUCUUGCUCUAGACACAAAGAACAUCCCCACUGGUGAUCAAUUUCACCGCGCCGUCGCGGAUUUAGUGAUGUUAUAUCACCGUGAUUUCAGGGUCGAAUUCCCAGCCGUUAACUCGUCUUUGCUUCUUUUCUCAUACAUUAAACAGCUCUCUUUACCUAUCGAGCUAUUCUCUGCUGUCAAACAGCUUAUGAAACGUGUGAACUUUACAUAUACAUUUCCGAAAGCUACAACUGGAAAAUUUCGGUCGAUAUACAUACCAGAAGUACAGCUGAUGAGCCUUGUUGUCGUCGCCACAAAGCUCCUGUUCCCAUUUGAUAGUAUCAAACGAUAUCCACGUACAUCAAAUGACCCUGCCGUCCAAGUGAUCGAUUGGGUGAAAUGGGCAGAAUCUCAAACCUCGUUUGACAAUAGGGGAAAAUCUCAAGGCUUUCUCACCAACAGUGCUGCAAUACAAGCUACGGAAGAGGAUGCAAUGACGAUGACGCAGCAACAACUAGACGAAUACAUGGACUGGUAUGAUAAGCUAUGGAUUGCUGAUAAAGAGGGAAGAGGCUUCAACCCCUUCGCGGAUAUGUUUCCAACCUCAAGGGUGAGUAACGGGGAAGAUAAUAGUCAAGCAAAACAAAGUGACGAGGAAGCGGUCAUCGAAAAGCUGCGAACUGUCUUAUCCAACUUACGAGUUAGAAGGAUUAUUACUGAAGAAGAGGCGGGGCGUCUUAUGAAGCCCGUGCCUAGGCCAGGCAGCGAUUAUUUGCGUUUUCGUUAUGUGAACCAGCUCCCGGAUAACGCAAAGAUUUUCUAUGACACUGCUGCAAAAACCAUCGGCGUGUCCAUGGAAACCCUGGUUCUUGCUGUCUAUCAAACGGAGCAUAAGCAUCCCUCUACAUACGAUCGAGAAUUUGAAGAGACGAGCGUCGGGCUGUAUUUUUGGAGGCGCGAGGCUGACUAUGUGACCCUUUCCGUUGCGACCGAUAGCUUCGUCAAGAACCUGAGUGGGAACACUCUCACUCUGAACGCAGAGCCAACCGACACCAUCUCCGCCAUCAAGACCCAGGUUUUCGACAGAGAGGCCGUUUCCGUCGAUGAGCAGCGAUAUGUCUUCGGUGGAAAGCACAUCCGGGACGAAUUCCCAUUGAGCGAAUAUGGCAUCCAGAAGGAGUCCACCCUUCACCUUGUCCUCGACCUCCCCGGUGGUAUUAUCGAGCCUUCCCUCAAGGCCCUCGCCUCCAAGUUCAACUGCGACAAGAUGAUCUGCCGAAAGUGCUAUGCACAUGAAUACGCGACUAACUGUCAUCUCUUUUAUUUCGAUUAG